GCCACUGCCACCACCUCGUCCUGCUGUCAUGCUCAGGGCUGCCUAGAGCCCGGGGAACGUCCCACUCGUGCUGCUCCCUGGAUACCUCUCUCCCUGAAUCCCGGUCCAGCGGGACCCCCCAGCUCUUAGGACAAUAGGCAGGAGGAGCACGGAGCCCCCCAAGCCAAUGGAUCAAAAACUCCAGCUCCAGCACUCGGAGAAGAACAUCCCCAGGGCUGCCCAGGCAGCUUUCUGCCUCCUCCAGAUCCCGGAGCCGGACCCCUUCAGCCUGUGGGUCUAGGUGUUCCCACCCUCCCGGCCUUGCCUCUCCGGGAUUUGGUGUCACCGGAGGAGACACCCGCUCGUCCUCGGCCGCGGGGUCCCUGAUGGACCCUCCAGGGUCCGGCCAGCCCGGGACGGCGUUGAGCACUACAUGAGUGUGGGAGCAGCAUGGCCAGCGACGCGAGGAUGGGGGAGACCCCGCCGCGGUGGAGAAGAGCCCCGGACGCAGCGCAGGACUCCCGGGGGAUGGAGAGCAGCGGGAUGGUCUUAUCCCGAAGCGCUGCCGCCGAGCUGGGACUCCCGGGCUACGCGGAGCCCGGCAAGCUGAGCUACGGGAUGGAGAAGGGGUGUCCCUGGAGGGGCUCCGAGGGAUGUUUGGGACCCGUCCGGGAGCUCGCUGGGGGUCGGCUGGGUUGUCCCUACCCCCCGGCCCCGCCGUGCCUGCGGGACGCCCUGUGCCGCCCCAAGGACGGGGCCGAGCUGCCCCCGCUGCUGCCCCCCAGGAACGGGCAGCCCAAGGCGGGCUGGGGGGAGCCCUGCAAGGACCACCCUGGGCCGCGGUGGGCUGAGGCCGUGCUGGCCCCCCUGGCCCUCUACAGCCACGCGUACCACCGCUACCCCCUGCCCGUGCCGGGGUUGGACCCUCAGCGCCCCGGCACCGCCGGCAAGCCCCGAACGGCCGCGGGGGACACUGCCGGAGACCCCCCGGCUUUCCGCCACUGCCCCUUCCUCGUGGAGGCCAAGCACAGCCCCUUCCUCCUGUCCUCGCUGCUGCCCACCGGACCCCCGGCCGAGCCCCCGUUUGGCGGCGCGGGGGCGGAGGCGCCGGGGGCGAUGGGGGACGGGCGGUUCGCCGGCGUGGACUGGCGCCUGGGCUCCUACGCGCCCGCCUGGGGACAGCCCCUCUACCUGGGGGUCCCGCCGAGGUGCAAGGCGGCCCUGCCCCCCUUCGACGACUGCUCCAGCUCAGGGAACAAGGACUUUUACCCGAAGAAAGAGCCCGGUUUCCACGCCCCCGCCAAGGACCACGCGGCGCCGCAGUUGCUGGGCAAGAGCCCGGCCGGCCAGGACAGGGACGGGGACGGGGAGCCGGUGGUGCCGGAGCCGCCGGGAGCCCCCUGGAGGGAUGGUCGAGCGGGGGGGAGCUCGGCGGUGCCCCCUCCCCAGGCCCGCACGCCUCCCCCCAGCGCCAGCCACCCCCUCUUCCUCCUGCAGCCCGGCGCGGGGGGCUGCGGGGGUCCCUGGGUGAGCGCACGGCCCCACGGUGCAGAUUUUUCCAUGGAAACAGGGCCAGGACGGCCCUCGGAGCCCAAAGAUGAGCGCCUGGGCUACCAAAGCCUCCAGCCCGGCUCGCCACCGGGAUCCAGAGAGCCCAACCAGGACGGGCACUACCCCCAGACUCUGGCCAAGCCGGAGCCCCCCCCAGCCUGUCUGUGCCCCACCCCGGGCUGCGAUGGAUGCCCGGGGGUGGGCUGCAGGGUCCCCAACCCCUUCGAGCCCACCCUGGGCAUGCCCGGGGGGCGCUUCCCGUGCCCCCCCAGCAACCACACCAAGCUGAAGAAGACGUGGCUGACGCGGCACUCGGAGCAGUCGCUGCCUCGCCUCAAGGCUGCCCGGCGGGACGGGGGUCCCGAGCCCCCCGGGGAGGGCAAACGCUCGGCCAAGAGGCCCCACGGCACCGCCGAGGGACCCCACGCUGCCAGCGAGGGCGCCGGGGCGGCCAAGAGGGGCACGAAGGCCACCGGGGAUGGCCCAGAGAGCAGAGGGGACCCCGAGGAGAGGAGGAUGGAGCUGGGAGAGGGAGAGCCGCUGAGCCGGCAGGAGCCGUGGUGCCUGCAGAGCCUGCCCUGCACUGCGCUGCCCCAGGGCAUCCCUCGCUGCUGUGCCUGUGCCCCCCGGGUCACAGGGGACCCCCAGGAUGAGGAGGAGGAGCCCCCCGAGAGCACCUGCAGGCUGCUGCACUUCCGCAGGUUCGCCCUGGGGGACAACGGGGAGCUGAGCGUCGAUGGUCUCUGCACCCUGGGGGAGGCCGAGGGCGAGCUGCUGGAGGAAUCCGGCCCUGAACCGGGGGGCAGGAAUGUGGGGAGCAGCCUCUGCCUGGCCAAGUACCUCCUGGGGGUCCUGGGGGACCCCUUCUGCGACGCCGUCCGCAGGGACAGGGACACGUGGCCGGGAGCCCCUGGUGGGCCCGAGGGGGGCACGGCCUGGAGGAGGGGGGAAGGAGCCCCCCAGCUCUGCGACGCCUGCCAGCGUGGCUUCUUCAACUCCCACUGGAGCUGCGCCAGAUGUGGCUUCCAGCUGUGCCCCGACUGCCACCGCAGCAGGAGGGAGGCUGACGGCCCCGAGGGUCCAGCACAGCCGCCUGAGUGCACCCCCGGGCGAGACCACCCCGUCACAGCCCUGGUCCCCACGCAGUUUGUCCCCACCUGUGUCCUGACCAGGCUCUGGAAGCUUCUGCAUGAGGUCAGGGCCAAGUUUGGCAUCGAGUCCCACUGUCCCUGUGGGAGAGGGGCUGCGGAGCAGAGCCCGGCCGAGCCCCCGGGCAGGCAGAGUGUCUGUGGGGGGGUGUGUGGGAUGUGGCUCCCCUCUGACACCCACAUGGGUGUUCCAGGAGCCGCCGGGGCUGCGGUGCCCACCCUGCCACCUCCCAGCCGCGGCCAAGCCGACCCCUCCCGGCCCAUCAAGGAAGAGAGCCCCGAGGUGGGGCCGCCGUCGCCGGGGCAGCCCCCGGCGCGGGGGGCCGUGCAGACCACCACGCUGUGCGACCUGCUGGCCUCCACCGCCGUGAAGCUGUGCCUGGGGCAGGACGGGGUGCGCAUGGCCUUCGCCCCCGUGGUGCCCACCCUGCCCAGUGACAACCGCCUGACCAGCAUCCUGGACAGCAUCAUCGCCCAUGUGGUGGAGAGGAAGAUCCAGGAGAGGGGCAGGGGGGGCGAGCUGAGCCCGCCCAGCCCCCCUGAGCCCCCCGCGUCCCACUGCGUGCUGGAACCCAGCGGGCUGCUCUGGCUGCACGACCCCGGCCACGCCAGCAACUACAAACUCUUCCAGGAGCACUGGCGGCAGGGCCAGCCCGUGCUGGUUUCAGGGCUGCAGAAGAGGCUGGAGGGGCGGCUCUGGGGGCCGGAGUCGUUCCGCCCAGCCCGGGGGGAGCAGGAGGUGGAGGCGGUGAACCUGCGGGCACCGGCGAGCCGCGUCCGCCUGAGCAGCCGGCGAUUCUGGGAUGGCUUCACCGCCAGCGCGGCAUCCCCGGAGCAGGAACAGGGCGCUGGGGACCUGCUGAAGCUGGAGAGUAGCCUUGGGGACAUGGAGCUGAGCCGGGCCACCAACCUGCGUGCCAGCCUGCCCCUGCCCGAGUACUGCGGGGCCAGCGGCCGCCUCAACCUGGCCACCCACCUGCAGGGCCGGCGGGGCCGGCGCUGGCUGCGCCCCCGCGUCUGUGCAGCCUACGGCGUGCGCCCGCGGGACCGGAACGUCGGGACUAAAAACCUGGCGGUGGAAGCGGCCGAUUCCAUCAACGUGCUGGUUCAUGUGGAGGCGGCACCGCGGGAGGCGCUCCCGCACAGUGACACGGGUGACACGGACGACAUGGACGCGGCGCUGCGGGAGCGGCUCAAGGACACGGCGGGGGCCCGGCCCGGGGCACUGUGGCACAUCUUCCGUGCUGAGGACGCCGUGCGGAUCCGGCAAUUCCUGCGCGGGGUGAGUCCCGGGGGGGACCAGGGCACCCCCUCCCGUGCUGCCCACGUGGUGCCUUUGGAUCAUCCCCGACCCUGCUCCACUCACCCCUGGCACCCUACAGGCAUCCGAGGAGCCGGGGCAGGAGGAGGGGGAACGGGGGAGCCCCCUGGGUGCUCCCUGGCCCCCCCAGGGCGGUACCUGGACGCGGCGCUGCGGAGGAGGCUGCGGGAGGAGUGCGGGGUGAGCGGCUGGACCCUCCUGCAGUGCCUGGGGGAUGCCGUGCUGGUCCCCGCGGGGGCUCCCCACCAGGUGCAGACCCUCACGGGCACCAUCAGCGUGGAGCAGCGGUUCCUGUCCCCGGAGAGCUCCGCCCGCCUCCGCCAGCUCGGCCCCGAUCCCGAUCCCGCCGGGCCCACGUGCCAGCUCCCAGCCCAGCUGGACGGGAUGAUCUUCUCGGCCGUGCGGGAGGCGCUGGGGGUCCUGCGGGGCUGCAAGUGAGCCCGUGGAACGCUGGAAGGAUGCCCUGAGGAGUCUGGGAUGGGGGCUGGACACAGGCCUGGAGCCCUGGGGAGUUGGGAGCGGGCGCCUCCAGCUCAGGGCUUCGCUCCAGGAUCUCCCAGGAAGGCUCAGGGCGGGAGAAAUAAAGUGUG